UCUCUCUCUCUCUCUCUCUCUGUCUCUCUAUCACUCUCUGCAACUGAACUCAGGACUGCAAAGAGACGAAGAUGCAGUACAACAAUCUUGGCCGAUCUGGUUUGAGGGUGAGCCAGCUCUCUUACGGAGCAUGGGUGAGCUUCGGGAACCAACUUGAUGUGAAGGAUGUGAAGUCCCUUCUCCAGUGCUGCCGUGACUGUGGUGUCAAUUUCUACGACAACGCCGAAGUUUACGCAAACGGCCGUGCUGAGGAGAUCAUGGGACAGGCCAUGCGAGAGCUUGGAUGGAAGAGAUCUGAUGUUGUUGUGUCUACCAAGAUCUUCUGGGGAGGUUCGGGCCCUAAUGACAAGGGUUUGUCUCGGAAGCACAUCAUUGAGGGCACAAAAGCUUCGUUGAAGCGGCUUGAUAUGGACUAUGUUGAUCUCAUUUACUGUCACCGGCCUGAUACUAUGACGCCGAUUGAAGAGACGGUGAGGGCCAUGAAUUAUGUUAUCGAUAAUGGAUGGGCUUUCUACUGGGGAACUAGUGAGUGGUCGGCUCAGCAGAUCACUGAGGCCUGGUCGGUUGCUGAAAGGUUGGAUCUUGUCGGCCCUGUUGUCGAGCAACCGGAGUAUAAUCUCCUGUCUCGUCACAAGGUUGAAUCUGAGUACCUCCCUCUGUACAGCAGCUAUGGUCUGGGUCUCACCACUUGGAGUCCACUAGCAUCAGGAGUGCUCACUGGAAAAUAUAACACAGGAGUAAUACCGCCUGAUAGUCGGUUUGCAUUAGAAAAUUACAAGAAUCUUGCCAGCAGGUCACUGGUUGACGAUGUGCUGAAAAAGGUUAAUGGAUUGAAUCCCAUUGCGGAUGAGCUGGGUGUAUCUUUAUCUCAACUUGCAAUUGCUUGGUGUGCAGCAAAUCCCAAUGUCACGACUGUUAUUACUGGUGCUACAAAGGAGGCUCAAAUUAAAGAGAACAUGAAAGCCAUUGAUGUCAUUCCAAAGCUGACUCCAGAAGUGAUGGAGAAGAUUGAGGCGGUUGUCCAAAGCAAGCCAAAGCGCCAGGACUCAUACAGGUGAAGGCAGGAGAAGACAGCAGCACUGUAGUAUUGUUUUUAAAAUUCGGGCAUGCAUUGGCCAGUCUAUGAAAUUGUGGUUCUGAUUGUGUUAUGUCUGGUGGACCUUAUUUUCCCGCUUUCAAUAAUUGAUUCUCCACUUAAAAUUUUUUUUAAAAUGUAAGUUGAGAAACAUUGCGAUCUGUUCAGACCAUGUGCAAGAGAUGGGAAGGUCAGAUUAUCUAAUACUAAUUGAA